AUGGGCCCUCCUCCUCAGAUAAAACAAGAUAUAAACCGCUCGGGCUGGGAAACAACAGACUUCCCCUCUGUUUGCGAAUCAUGUCUCCCCGACAACCCCUACGUCCAAAUGCUCAAAGAGGACUACGCCGCUGAAUGCAAAAUAUGCACGCGCCCUAUGACCAUGUUCCAAUGGAAACCCGACCGAACAGCACGCACAAAACGCACAAAUAUCUGUCUGACAUGCGCACGACUCAAGAACUGCUGCCAGUGCUGCAUGCUGGAUCUCUCCUUUGGCCUGCCCAUCGUGGUUAGAGAUGCGGCCUUGAAGAUGGUGGCACCAGGACCUCAGAGCUCGAUAAAUAGAGAAUACUACGCCCAGGAACACGAGAAGGAGAUUGAGGAGGGCAGAGGGGCGGUGGAGGAAUAUGCUAAGACAGACGAGAAGGCUCGAGAGCUACUCAGGAGGCUGGCUAAUAGCGUACCCUACUAUAAGCGGCAACGGCGAAUACAACCAAGCGGCGAGAGCGGUGACCAGCAGGAAGGAUCAGGACAAAGGCGAAUAGGAUACGGACCAGGACCGGGCGCUGGAGGUUCUACACCGGGUCCCAUUCGAACCGGCGAUAUUCGGCGUGGCGGACCUCCUGGCCGAGGAAGAGCUGGCAUGCGGGGUGGACGUGGUGGUGGUGGUGGUCGUGGCGGACGAGGCUUCCCCAGCGUUGCGCAGCUGCCUCCUGGGCCGCAAGACAUUCUCCCCCCCGAAGAUACCAACAUCACAUCCCUCUUCAUCACCGGCGUCGAGGACGAUCUUCCCGAACAUGCAAUACGGAGCUUCUUUACUGAAUUCGGCACGCUGCGCUCGCUCAUCUGCUCACAUCGAUCCCAUUGUGCCUUUGUUAACUACGCGUCUCGAGAGGCGGCGGAGAAAGCUGCAGCUCAUUGCCAAGGUAAGGCGGUGAUUCAGGGCUGCCCACUUCGAGUGCAGUGGGGUAAACCUCGGCCACUGGAUAGUAUGGACCGGGAGGAGAGGAUGCAGAACGCACGACAGGGACGGUUGAUGGCACUAAGAAGAAGUUCUGGGGUGGAAAGGACCGCGAACGAAACUACGCAGAGUGGGAAUAUUGGUAGUGCUUUACAGGACACAGAGAAGAAACCGACAUAUACCAUCGCUCCGCCGCCAGGGAGUGGGGAUGUUCAUUAUGCUAGCUUGGCUGGGGAUUGA